UCUGCGCAUGCGCAGCCCUCUACCGCUGCCGUGAUCAACAACCCCACGGCGUUCCCCCUCAUUCCAAGAUGGCGGACCUCCUAGGCUCAAUCUUAAACUCGAUGGAAAAGCCUCCAACUGUCGGCGACCAGGAAAGCCGACGAAAGGCUCGAGAACAAGCAGCGAGACUCAAGAAGAUGGAGGAAAAUGAGAAAAGAAAGAAAGCCGAGUUCAGGAAAAAAAUUGAGAAAGAAGUGUCUGAUUUCAUUCAAGACAGCACACAACCGAAACGGAAAUACAAUCCAAUGGGGAAGAUUGAAAGAAGUAUAUUGCAUGAUGUGGCGGAGGUGGCUGGUCUGACUUCUUUUUCUUUUGGGGAGGAAGAGGAGAGCCGUUAUGUCAUGAUUUUCAAAAAAGAGUUCGCUCCGUCAGACGAGGAGCUGGAAGCUUAUCGCAAUGGAGAGGAGUGGGAUCCCAAGCUGGCAGAGCAACGGCGAAGACUGAAAGAGCAGGCUGCAUUGGAAGAAACAGCCUCCAGUCAGACAAAAAAGGCAGAAGCGUGUCCCAACUCCAACUACAGAGACAAGUACAGUCACCUCAUCGGCACCUCGGCUGCGAAAGAUGCGGCACAUACACUCGAGGCUAACAGCGCUUACGGCUGCGUGCCGGUGGCGAAUAAGCGGGACACUCGCUCCAUAGAGGAAGCCAUGAAUGAAAUCAGGGCAAAGAAGCGGCAAAAGCAAGAGGGCGAGUCAGGGGCACCCAGCAGCAGCUCUUGAGUCUUCAAUAUUGUUGCCAUCCGCUGUAUGGAGGUGUUUGGGUUUGUAUGUGUGUGUGUGUGUGUGUGCGUCUCUGCGUUUGUGGGUUUGUCUGCACGGUGUAAUUCAUCCUAUAAUGCAAUAUCUGUUACUUCAGACAUUUAAGUACAACUUAAACAAGAGGUGUUGAAUCCAGUGUGUAUACCACUGUCAGUCUUGGACUGCGUUGAAAUCAUAAUGUCCUGUUUAGUCGCGUCUGAUUGAGUCAGUUUCCAAAGGGUUAAAUAUGUGCUCGUCUCGUUAAUUAUAGAUCUUCCAGUGUUUGACCCUUUUACUUUAUGAGAAAUCUGUUUUUAGUCCAGGACGACGUGACUGGCUGCUAAAAACACCCUGGCAUCUUCAAACAAAACUUUUAAAAGGAUAUUUUUGUCAUCAUGUUUCAUACGGACGAGCAUUUAUAUUUAAGUGACAUUACUAUUCUGAAAGUAUUCACAAUUUUGAUGAAAUGAUGAUUUGAUGAUGAAAAGUGAGCUAUCCGGUGCGGUUUUUAAAGGGAAACGGGAACGCUGUUUAACGACCAGCCUUUGGUUCAAUUUUGGGGGAUUUUAUCUUCGUCUCAACCUUUUUAGGAUCUUUAUAUUGUUGGACGCAUGCCAUUUCCUCCUUUUCAAGAGAAAUCUUAUUUUAGAAUAUGCCGUUUUAUUGGUUUUAGAAAUCUUAAAUUGAGUCUGGGAUCUUUUGUUUCUAAAGAUCUGAAUUAACCUUUUUUUUUUCAAACGGAAUGUUUUAUUAUUAAGCCGGUUGUUGGCUGGAAAUAUGUAUGGAGCAGAAGUACUCUUCUCAUUGUGGGAAUAUUUGUCACAUCUUUUAUUUUUGUUGGAUCUUCAAGUAAAUUUGGAGGGAUCUUAAUGUCAUUUUAACGUGGUUGCACUGUUAAAUUUCCCCAUGUGUGUUAAUAAAUGGAGAACAAUAUUCUU